AUGGAAACUGAUUCAUCAAAGAAUCUCAUUAACAUAUCAAUUCUUAGUACCAGUUCAAAUGCAGGAAAAUCCAUGUUGAUUCGUCUUCUACAUCAAACAGGAUUUAUUGAAUCUAUGAAAUUCUUUUCAACGGAUGAAUGCACACUUGUCAACAAUAAAUCGGUUAUUUUACGAAGAAUCUCAUCGAAAAAAGAUGCAGAUGCUAAAGAAUGGAUUAUCAAAAGUGAUAUUGUACUUCUUGUUGUUCGGGAAUCAUCAACAGCCAAUGAUCGUACUAUAGCUUCUCUUCGACAUGCAUCAGAGAAAAAAACCUUAUUUAUUGUUCGAACUCAUAUUGAUGAAAUUGUUAAUGUUACUCAACGAUAUUCUCAAUCAACUUCCAACGAAGAACAAACAAUAAAGAACGAACAAGAAUUUCUUUGGUCUCAAUAUAAAGAAUUUUUAACGUGCGAAAAUGAUAUUUACUUAAUUGGUAGUCAUUUGAAUCAUAAGGAUAAAUGGGAUUUUGAAAGAUUAAAGAAUGAUUUAAUGAGUAAAUGCCAAAUUACUGAACAAAAACAGAUUGAUCAGCCAAUUACAGAAGCAGGUCAUGCUGAAGUUCUUCAUAUUGGUGUAUUAUCAGCUAAUCCAAUAUUACCAGUCAAUUUGCAGUCACAAGAUCAAAUGAAUGAAAUAUAUUUCGAUAAAGAAAAGAAAUUAUUCGUUGAAUAUUUCGACAAGCAUGGUUUAGAUGAAAUCGAGCAAUAUUUUAUUUCUCGUUUACGAGAAUGGGAACUAUUGUCUCUUCAUAUUGCUGUGACUGGAAACAGUGGGGUUGGAAAAUCAAGUUUUAUUAAUGCAAUACGAGGAGUAACACCUAAUAGUCCAGAUGCUGCUAAAACAGGUGUUACAGAGUGUACUCGUGAACCUCAAGCUUUUCUACAUUCUAUACAUCAAAAUUUAACAUUUUGGGAUUUACCAGGUUGUGGAACACCAAAUUAUCCUCGUGAAAAUUAUCUUAAAUACAUUAAUUUUGAACAAUUUGACGUUGUAAUUAUUAUAUGUAGUGGACGUUUUACUGAAGAUGAUGGUUGGCUAGCUGAAGAGAUGACUCAAAUGAACAAACCUUUCUUUUUCCUUCGAAGUAAAAUAGAUCAAGAAAUUACCAAUGCUCAACGUGAUUCUCCUUCACCAUUUGACGAACAUGCUGUAUUAACAAUAAUUAAAAAUGAUUGUGUACAACACUUACGCCAAUAUUCACAUCAUCGCAAAGUUUAUUUAGUUAGUGGCAAUCAGAAAUACUUACAUCGAUGGGAUAUGAAUGAUUUUAUGCAUGAUCUUUGUCAAGCAUGUCCACAAUUGAAACGUGAAUCUCUUGUCUUUUCAAUGAAUGCUCAUUGUAGAGAAGCUGUACGAGUAAAAGUUGAAUAUCUUCGAAAACGACAAUGGCUUAUAUGUAGUGCUAUUGCUGCAGCUGCUAUUCUACCUGUUCCUGGUUUUUCCAUGAGUAUUAAUCUUUUAGCUUGUUUGACAGAAGCGAAAGAAUAUCGUCAACAGUUGGGUCUACAUAAUGAAGCCGUCGAACGUUUAGCUAUAUUGAGAGAAACUUCAUCAGAAUACAUUCGACGGACAAUCAAUUCAGUUUUGCCUCUUCUGGAUGAUGAAACUUUUGAAACACUAUUCAAAACCAAAUUAUUAACUCUUAAUGCUGCCAUCGGUCAUUGUAUACCUGUAGUAGGUUGUGUUCUUUCAGUACAAGCAGUGAUAGAAACACUGGAUUAUUUUCUUAAAAUGAUGGAAAAAGUUGCUUUAACUGUGACUGAUAUUCACUUUGGUGACAUUUCGUCAUUACCUCCAGUGACUACGAUAGAAUAUUCUGAUCCUCAAAUAAUUUCAUAA